ACCAAUGGAAGAAAAGAAUCAGACUGCAGUGCCUGAGUUUCUCUUCCUCGGCAUCACAGAUAACCUCCAUCAGAAGAUUGUCCUCUUCAUCAUCUUUUUCUUUGUUUAUCUUGUCACCCUGGGGGGUAACCUGGGCAUGAUCACUCUCAUAUGGGUGGACCCCAGGCUGCACACACCUAUGUACUUUUUUCUCAGCCACCUGUCCUUUGUAGAUGUGUGCUCCUCUUCUUCCAUAGCUCCCAAGAUGCUGUGUGACAUAUUUGCAGAGAACAAAGUCAUCUCUUUUAUGGGCUGUGCUGCGCAGAUGUGGUUCUUUGGUCUCUUUGUGGCAACUGAGUGUUUCCUCCUGGCUGUCAUGGCAUAUGAUCGGUAUACAGCCAUCUGUAAGCCCUUGCUGUAUACACUCAUUAUGUCCCAGAGUGUCUGUGUGCUUUUGGUUAUUGGGCCUUACGUCAUUGCUAUUAUAAGUACAAUGACUCACACAACUUUAACCUUUUGCUUACCAUUUUGUGGUCCAUAUAUUAUCAACCACUUUUUCUGUGAUAUUUCCCCAUUGCUGUCUCUAGCAUGUACUGAUACCCAGAUUAAUAAGUUGGUGCUUUUUAUCUUGGCUGGAGCAGUAGGUGUGCUCAGUGGUCUGAUCAUCCUGGUCUCCUAUGUAUGCAUCUUGAUGGCCAUCUUGAAGAUUCAGACAGCCAAUGGGAGACGAAAAGCCUUCUCCACUUGCUCUUCUCACUUGGCAACGGUUUCUAUCCUGUAUGGGACUCUUUUCUUCAUCUACGUUCGACCUAACGCCAGUUCCUCCCUGAAUAUCAAUAAAGUGAUCUCCCUAUUUUAUACAGUGGUGAUCCCCAUGUUGAAUCCCCUCAUCUACAGCUUGAGGAACAAAGAGGUGAAAAAGGCAUUCAGUAGAACAUUGGAGAGGAAGCACUUCCUAACAGGUGCUUAAAAUAGAAUUCUCUCUGUGACAUCCCUAAGUUGUGGAGCAAAAUAUACAUUAAAGACCGCCAGAGUGAGAAUCAGAGGUUGCGAGAGAGUCCUUGUUCUGCCUGAUUACGGACUAUUUCACAAACUUGUGACAGAUUGUGAUGGAAACUAGCUUACAGAUGUAGCAAUUUUAGUGAAUUUAGCUGCUCAUUGAAAUGAUUUUAGUUAACCAUGCAUCUUCAAUGUGAGAACCAUAUUUUCAACACAAUGUUUCAAAUCAUAGCGGUGUUCCAAGUGAAACUGAAAUUAUGGCAAGUUCAAAAUCCUAGUGAAAAAUUUGAAUGUUUUGAUAUUUUGGCUAAACACAGUCCCAGGUACAGAAAAUGCAUGUAGUCUUACUUGUUUCUAAGACCUAUUUUUAUGUAUGAAUAUUUUGCCACAUGUAUGUAAAUGUAACAUGUGUGUACAGUGUCUGAAGAGUCCAAAAGAAGGUGUUGGAUCCCCUGGAACUGGAGUUAUAGACAGUUGGGAGCUGACACUUGUGCACUGGAAAUCGAACCAAGUCCUCUGGAAGAGCAGCCAGUGCUCUUAACUGCUGAGCAUCUCUCCCCUCCCCUACUUAUAUUUCAAGAUUUCUGGAAAAACAGUAUUUUGAAAAAUUUGCUGCUUC